UUCUCGUGAGAUCUCGCCGGUCGAUUCAAAAUGGCUGCGCCCAUGAGAGCGUGUGAAUGUUUGUGCAAAUGCACCGGUGGGCCCUAUGCACGUAUACGAUAUUUAUUACAAUUCAAAAGAAGAUCACAUUCAAACCCAUGGAAAAGUGGUGAUUAUGGGGCAACAGUCGAAACUGAAAUUGGAAAUAGGCCAUUCAAGAUCUCCAGUGGGAAGCUGGCCAGGUUUGCUGAUGGCACUGCAGUUGCUCAGCAUGGUGACACAUCUGUGCUCGUGACUGCUGUCAGCCGUGACAGAUCUGUCCAACAGAACUUUGUUCCAUUGACAGUUGACUACCGUCAGAAGGCUGCUGCAGCAGGCCGCAUCCCCACCAACUACCUUCGACGAGAGAUUGGGCCAUCUGAUAGUGAGGUCCUCACAAGCAGACUCAUUGAUCGAUCUAUCAGACCUUUGUUUCCUCAGGGCUUUUAUAAUGAAACUCAGAUAAUGUGCAACCUGCUUGCAGUUGAUGGAAUGAACGACCCAGACAUUAUCAGUAUAAAUGCAGCUUCAGCAGCCCUGGCAGUGUCUCAUAUUCCGUGGAAUGGCCCUGUAGGUGCUGUUAGAGUGGGACUUAUUGACAAUGAAGUCGUUGUUAACCCUACGCGACGUCAGAUGUUUCAGAGUACGCUCAAUUUGGUGAUAACUGGUUCAGAGCAUGAUAAAGUGGUAAUGCUGGAAGCCUCAGCCAACAAUGUCUACCUACAAGAUUUCCAGAAGGCUGUGAAGUAUGGCUUGAAGGAAACACAAGCCAUCAUAAGACAGAUUAAAAAACUCCAGAAUCAAAUUGGUCAGGAAAAGAAGGAAGUUCCGCCAGUCUCUGCACCCUCGGAACAAAUCACAAGUAUUGUCAAAAGUCUUGCAGAAUUAAAGUUGAGGGAUAUUUUCACGGACAGUUCUCAUGACAAAAUAUCAAGAGAUGUAGCUGUGAGGAAAGUCAGAACAGAGGUCGUGAGAGAUGUACAAGAGUCCCUGUUACAGAAUGGUGCAUCCCCCAAAUCAACUGAUCAACCAGAAGUGGAUGCUCAGGCCAUACAUCAAGCAUUUGAUGCUCUGUCAAAAGAAAUAUUUAGGAAUCUCAUUCUGGAUGAACACAAAAGGUGUGAUGGGCGUGGUCUGAGAGACCUGAGGGACAUUUCCUGUCAGGUCGACCUGUACAAGCCACUGCAUGGGUCUGCCAUCUUCCAGAGGGGACAAACUCAGGUUCUGUGCACUGUGACAUUCGACAGUCUCGACACAGCCUUCAAGUCCGACCCUAUGUCUGUUGUGGCAGGAGGUCUUAAAGAAAAGAAUUUCAUGUUGCACUACGAGUUCCCACCUUAUGCCACUAAUGAGACCGGCCGAAUCGGCGCCAGCAAGAGGAGAGAGUUGGGGCAUGGUGCGCUGGCAGAGAAAGGGUUGAGGCCUCUGAUACCCUCCAACUUCCCCUUCACCAUCAGACUGACAUCCGAGGUGUUGGAGUCAAAUGGUUCUUCCUCAAUGGCAUCUGUGUGUGGUGGUAGUCUUGCCUUGAUGGAUGCCGGGGUGCCAAUCUCGGACGCUGCUGCAGGGGUAGCUAUUGGACUGGUCACUCGCACUGAUCCCGAGAAGUCAGACAUAUUGGAAUACAAGCUGUUGACAGACUUGCUGGGCAUUGAGGACUACCUCGGUGACAUGGACUUCAAACUGGCUGGAACCAAGAAGGGAAUCACAGCCCUACAAGCUGACAUCAAGUUGUCCGGAAUUCCUGCUAAGAUUGUGAUGGAAGCUAUACAGCAAGCAUCAGAUGCGAAGUAUGAGAUAUUGAAGAUUAUGAACAACACACUGGCUAAACCACGAAGUUCUCGCAAAGAAAAUGGUCCUGUAACAGAGACAUUGCAGGUACCGCCACACAAGAGGCCGAGGUUUGUGGGAGCGGGUGGCUAUAACCUGCAGAAGAUCCGCAGUCAAACGGGGGUGACCAUCACUAACAUGGACGAGACCACCUUCCAAGUGUUUGCUCCCAACAAGGAUGCCAUGGAAGAAGCACGGGAGAUCAUCGACGAACUGUUGCAGGAUAAUGUGCCGGAGUUUGAAUUUGGUGCUAUUUGCACUGGGAAGAUUGUUGAAAUCAAAGACUAUGGUGUGAUGGUAGAGCUCCACCCCCGACUGCAGCCUGUUCUCAUUCACAACUCUCAGCUGGAUAUGAGGAAGGUGAACCACCCGUCUGUGCUGGGACUUGAGGUGGGGCAGGAGAUCAGGGCCAAGUACUUCGGGCGGGACCCGGCCAAUGGUCGGAUGCGGCUAUCUCGGAAGGUUCUACAGACAACCAGCAGAUAGAUGUGAAUGCUACCAAUGUCAGAGGCGUAUUCUGACAAGUGGCACAGCCUGUACACAGUACCAGUCAACAGGUUCAGCCUUUUCAACAUGUGUUGGAAGGAUGGACAGUGCAUGGGACUGAUUGAUUCUACAGCUAAAUAUACUACAUGCUACAGUCAUCAGUUUGGUCAGUGAAUCUUUGAGAUCGGUGGAGGCUGGUCCUGCUUUAUUGACUUGGUUAUCCAUGAACCUACUUGUCAGACAGUUUGAGGAUCUAGUUCUGGUUAUGAAUGUAUACAGCAUAAGUGGAAAGUUGUAUAUGCAGCAUGGGAGUUUUGAUCAUCUUAGCACUACAAUUGCUCUGUGGAACAGGGUCCUUGUCAGCAGUGGGAACUCCCUUGUUGGCGCACUGAAAGACAAUGCUUGUGAUGUAGGAACAUUUCCAGUACACCCAGGAAUGUCUUCAUACCAGUGUGCUCCUCAUCAGAACCAGGUGAUGAGGACCAGGAUGCCAGCUAAUAAAGUGUCGUCAGUACAUAGUCACUGUUGGGUAACUCACUCCUUCAGACCUCUGAAAUCUGUGGGGGCGGUGGGGUAGUCUAGUGGUUAAAGCGUUCGCUCGUCAGGCCGAAGACCCGGGUUCGAUUCCCCACAUGGGUACAAUGUGUGAAGCCCAUUUGUGGUGUCCCCCCGCCGUGAUAUUGCUGGAAUAUUGCUAAAAGCGGCGUAAAACCAUACUCACUCACUCUGAAAUCUGUGUGUUGUAACUAAAAUAUGACAUUCACAUUAACAAUCGGGUUAGUUUCUAUUGUCAGGAAUAAAACACUGGAAUUAUUUUGUACUGAUAAUGUGGGAACUUAUCGAUAUUUCUUUGUGCACUGAACCUUAUCAGAACAGAGAAGUUGAUUGUGAGCACUUACCCUGGAUGUGAAACAAAUACUGAACCUUGGUCUGUCAGUAACAUACCCCCGACCUUGUCUCCAAAACAGUAAAUGUCACUACAGUUUUCCUCCGACAUUGAAAUAACACUGGUCAUCAUACUGCAAUGUCCAACACACUCACUGGUACACUGACAGACAGCAGUCAGCUGACUGAUAGAAACUUGAAGUGUCUUCUCAGAACUCGUGUGUGACUGGUACACUGACGGACAGGAGCCAGCUGACUGGUAGAAGCUUGAAGUGUCUUCUCAGAACAUGUGUGUGGAAUACAGAAUUUGUCUAGUCAUGGUUUUUACAUGCUGAAAUCAUUUUUGACUGACGACACAAGAUAUACCACAAACGUAUACCAGGAUAUGUACAUAUUGUUUGGUUUGUUAUUUGUACAUAUGUAAAUGUCUUGAAACAGAUGUGAAAAUAUAUGAUGAAAAGAAGAGUAAGU